AUGGCGCCGACGAACCUCUCCGUGCUCACCCGCUCGCACAAGGUCGCCUCGCUCAAGAAGCGCGCGAAGAGGGAGCAGAUCAAGGAGGUUGUGUUUGACGACGAUGCGCGCAGGGAGUUCCUGACGGGCUUUCAUAAACGCAAGCUCGCGAAGAAGGAGGCCGCGAAGAAGAAGGCAGUGGAGAGGGAGAAGCAGCAGAGGCGCGAGCAGCGGCUCGAGCAACGUCGAGCACUAGCCGAGCAAGCAGUCUCGAACGCACGAGAGGUCGAGAAAGCGUACGGUGGUGUAGUGGACGAAGAAGACUCCGCGGACGACUUCACCGGCAUACACUCGGGCGACAGCGACAACGAGCGCGAGGAAGAGUACGCCGGCGCGGAACUGACCGCGCACGUCACCGUCGUCGAGGAGUUCGACCCGUCCGACAUCCACGGGGUGGGGCCCGGCUCUGGCGCACACCCCGACUGCGGGGACAAAAACGAGGACGAGGAUGGCGAGGGUGCCCCGGUGCCGCCGCCUGAAUCGCGUCGCCGCACGCCGUCCAGACCACCCCGAUCGCAGCUAGCACCGAAGAAAGACAAGAAAGACCCGAAGAAAGUGAAAUACCAAACGUCCGCCGCGCGCAAAGCCGAGGAACGGAAACAAAAGCGACGGAAGGGCGAAAAGGCGGAGCGCGCGCGGGGGAGGGAUAAGAGCAAGGGGCGGAAGGGGAAGCGGUGAGGGCGGGUGUUUGGUAUGUCAUGUGUCGUGCCGGAGUACGAGAAUACCUGAACGAUUUCCGUUCGAUCUAAAGCCCCAAAUUGUAUGGCACCGGCAUCACAGUCUUUAGCGCCAGACCCCAAGUGAAAGAUUCCUUUAAUUCGUGCGUUUUGGAGCCCAAGUCCCCCACUAGAUCACUGACGUAGCGGAGAACGUUGGAUUGAGGAAAGGAGUGUCAAAAGGUGGAUAUGAUCCGCUGUAGCCCGCAGAUGGUAUGUCGAAUUGCU